CACGUCUACACACACAUCUACACACAUCUACACAUACACAUACAUACACACAUCUACACACACUCGCGCGCGCUCACGCACGCGCCCCCCGUGCCGCUGGGUUCGCGAUUCGUCUCUCGCUGCAGCCGCGAGUCUCCGAGGCCGAACGACAGCGGAGUUGCAGCCAUGGGCAAGCACAACAGCAAGCUGGCACCCGAGGUGCUGGAGGAUCUGCUCAAGAAUACAGAGUUCAAUGAGCAGGAGCUGAAGCAGUGGUACAAGGGCUUUCUGAAGGACUGUCCGAGCGGGCGCCUCAACCUCAAUGAGUUUCAGCAGCUCUAUGUCAAGUUCUUCCCCUAUGGAGAUGCGUCCAAGUUCGCACAGCACGCAUUCCGCACCUUCGACAAGAAUGGCGACGGCACCAUCGACUUCCGGGAGUUCAUCUGCGCCCUCAGCAUCACCUCACGUGGCAACUUCGAGCAGAAGCUCAACUGGGCCUUCAAUAUGUAUGACCUGGACGGAGACGGGCACAUCUCUCGCCGCGAGAUGCUGGAGAUCAUCGAGGCCAUCUACAAGAUGGUGGGCACGGUGAUCAUGAUGAAGAUGAAUGAGGAUGGCCUCACUCCCGAGCAGCGUGUCGACCGCAUCUUCAGCAAGAUGGACAAGAACAACGACGAUCAGAUCUCGCUCGAUGAGUUCAAGGAGGCGGCUCGCAGCGACCCAUCCAUCGUGCUGCUUCUGCAGUGCGACAUCCAGAAGUGAUCCCCUCUCACUCUCUCUGCGUCUGUCUCUCUUUGUGUCUUUGCCAUCGCAGGGCCAAGGGUUGGGUGGCUCAGCUCGAGAGUGGUGGAGCGAGCCCGGUGGCUCGUCGCGUGACUAGGCUUGAAUUCCGGCCUGUUCAGUGUGGUGUUUGAACAGUGCACCUCUAUAAUCUCAGUUAUCAUUCAAUGGACAGUGUUACGUUGAUAUUUUUAAAAUCCUUGUUUUUUUCCCUUCUUUAAAAUUUUUUUUAUAGACCGAGGCUUGUUUACCUGCUGUCAGUUUUCUGUAGGGAUAGGCUCGUGAAGAGGCAAUUCCAUUUCUCGAGGUUGGCCUUGUUAUGGUACAACAUGAUUCGUUUUAAUGGUUAGGCUUCUUAACAUUUGAUUUUCAUGGGCUAGGCUUUUUUUCAUAGGGAUGUAACAAUUGAUUCACAGAUUUAUCUCAAUUCAUGAAUUGAUAUCAUUAACUUUUAUUUGGAGCAAAUUAUGAGCAAGUCAAUUCGGAAAAUAGCACAAACAAAACUGUAUAACUGAGUAAAAAAAAAAAUCUGAUUUCUAAGAUCUCCCCCCUGAAUCUCGACAAUUUACCCGAUAAUGGUGGGGUGACGAAGGAUGGGGGAUGAGGAGUGAAUCUCAAUAAUAAUUUUAGUCCUGUCAAAUCAGAUUGCACGUUAACAAGUACAGAAAUAAGGAAUCCGUUUGCAGGUUAACAAGUUCCGAGCCUUUUCGACCACGAACAAAAGCUUUAGCCGAGUGUGUGAUUGGUCAUUACUUACCACUGUAGUUUUUAGUGCUGCUAACAGGUGACUGAGAUUGGUUGCAGAUGUAGGAAGGUGCACACUGCUCUGAGUCAAUGUGACCCACACUGAUUGUGUCGUGCACGCUACCCGGGACACAGGAACACGCUUUGUGAGAUACCCCACCGCUGUCACAGCCUCUCGCGCCUCCCUAAGUGGAGUCGCACCGUUGCGUCAUGGCAUCCUUGAAUCAGGAGUGAACUUCUCCACAUUCCAGAUAUGCGUUAUUUUUAAGGCAGAGACUACUGACCCCACACAUGCUUGUGGUAAUAAAACCGGACUUGGGUACUACUGCCCUGUUCCCCCAAGUCUCACCUAAACCCUUAAUCAAUCACCCUAACUCUAAACCAUAACUUUGAAUCAUAAACCCUAACCCCUGAACGCCAACUUCGAACCAUAAAUCCUAAAACAUAACCCUACACUUUAAUACCAAACGCUAACUAUUAACACUCAACCCUAAUCUCAAAUGCCAAACCAUCUCUUUAUAUAAACACCCAGGUCUGUCAUUCUGUCAUUGUGACUAACGCGGCACGGAUUGGUUGAAGUGUGUCACGUGACCUGGACCAAGCAGCCAACCAACGCUUGGCAGGGCUAUACAGAGGCAGCUGAAAGUCCGCAUCGAACCAAACCCCCAGCAAGGCCAUCUACUUAACGACGAGAGGAAAUUCCCACGAAAUGUCGCUUUCAAUUAAGUAUUCCUGAUGUAAAAUGAUAUAAGCUUUUAAUGAAGAAAUACAAUUAUCUAAUUCAAAUCAUAAUACAAUUCAAAAUGUUUAUUUUUAGAACUUCAAAACGGAGCAUCGGGUGCUUGCGUGAAUGCGUCGUUCGUGUGCAAUUUUUUUGGUGACAUUCCUGGCCGAAGGCCGUAAAUGGUUGUGAGGGGGCGCCACAGGCGCCCCCGAACAACCCCUAGUAACCUAUAAUACUGCACUAUAAUCGCUAAAUAAGAACUCUAAACCCGAGCUGCAAACACUAAACUCCUAAUCCUACGCGAAAAUGUAAUACGUGGCUUCCCUGCACAUGUCAUUAACUAGGAGCUAAAGCACUGGGAAUUGGAAAGACAGCAAAUGGGUUAGCACUUAAGGAAGCUACAGUAUUGUGAAUGGACGAAAAUCUGCUCUAUGAUUGGAUCAAAAUCUGUGGAGACAAUAGUGCUAAAGACUCGGUUUCUUUCUGCACAUUUGCGGGGAUAGUAGUCUCUCCCGUUUUUUAAAUUAAUUUUUAUGUCGAGUGAUCGUGAUGAAACUCGUCAUGAGCUUAGCCCCACAACACUUCAUGGCGUGCACCUUAGCUUCCUCUAGUAGUGGCGUUGACCGUGAUGGAAAUUUGUGAUAAUUUAUAGCAGAAUACCGUAUAUGUCGAUUGUGUUGUACAUUUGCAGACAAAAAUGUUUUGGUUGUCAGGUGUGUUUAAUGGGACGAUUUUUUUUAAGCAGGUACAUUUUCUUAUUAUAAUUGCGCUGUGCAUUUUGAGCAAGGGUAAUUUGAUGCUAGAAGUCAUCCAAAUAGCAGAGGAAUGUCAUCUUUAUGAAUACAUUUGUGGUUUUGACAACCAAAACAUUAAAAACAUUGCAACAUCUACACGCAGCUAGUACCAUAGCUUAAUUGAUGUUAAUUGAUGUUGGUUUAGUAUCAAGAAGCAGUGCCAUACUUAUUGCUUAAACGAUGUUUUUACAAGUGACAUUUUUCAUUGUAAGCGGAAAUAAAAAGUGGUCAAACGUAUUUGAACAAAAAGAUUUCAGAACAAUAUAAUUAUCAAAUGUAAUACAUGUCUUAAGUCUGUAAUGAGUGUAAAUAUACAUAAUGGGCUUGACAGAGUCAAAAUACACUAGUUAUUAAUUUAAAACAAGAAUGUGAGAAAAAAAUUCUUGACAACUGCAGUGAAAAGGGGAACUCCUAAUUAUGAACACAAUGUUUGAAAUGGUGCCCUGUUGCCAGUGCAUUAUGGGUACACACAGAGCUUAAUUUAUCACUAUAUUUCCAGAAUGCUGCGAGGCUGGCUUGGAGUAGGGAUUAUUGAGGUAAGGCUAUUAGUACAAUACAUACCUAUCCAUAAUCUUAAAUUAUUGUAAUCCUAUAGUCUUAGGAUUCCUGAGCAGGAUUGGUGGUGCACGCAUGUAAUCCAGCACUAUGGACGCAAGGGUUGGUUGAUCACACAGAUGUUGUGAAACUGCCUUCCCGUGGGCGUACACGUGCCAUAUUCUGCCUUUCCAUGAGAAGGCGGUACAGAAAAUGUGGACUCCACCUGUUCCAUCUCUAUGGAAUAGAAUGUUGUCCCCUUGCACGCAUGGGUUUUCUCCUCGUGCUUCGGUUUCCUCUCACAUGUUAACACCUUAUUUAUAUAGACGACUGCAUAGCUAGGGCAAUUGUUUGUAGCGCCGGUUCAUUGCGUGGCUGCCUUGCUUCUUGUCUGUGGUGGCUCGCCCUUCUGAGACAUUAUCUCACUUGGAACGUGGGCGAAUACUGUGCGGCACGUUACGAGUUGAAAUGAUUAUAAUCAAAGUAAUACAACUUUUUGUGAUUUUUUUAUGCCCAGAGAAGCAUUCUGGACUGUUCCAGCUUAAAUUAAGCACUGGGUGCACGUCUACCCCUCUGGUUGAUGGCAAAAUUUGCCACAAAGUCACAGAAUUACAAUCACCGUAAUCCUACACAUGUACAUGGGCAGCUGUAUAAAUCACUUUUAAGUUAUUAUUUCUCUGAUUUUACACCACUGUAAAUGACAGAGAAAUUGCAGUUUAUAGUCUUGUGUGCAACUAGCAAUCAAAAAACUCAUUGGACGUCAUGUUGUUUUCCUUCAUUGAUGAGUGUGCCUUGGCCUCGCAUCAAGGCAUGAGGGUUUGUCUUCGUGUCACAUUCAAGGCAUCAUGGCCUUAAUCUUGAGGCCCAACAUGAAGGCAUCAAGCCUUGGUUCGUCGAUUUUAUCAAGGCAGCAUGUCGGCUAUGGUCAUUGAUAGUAAUAAUUGUUACGUGACACCGAUAGGAACUGGACUGCCUUAUUUUGAUUCUAAAAAGUCUCAUUGAGCAUGAAGACUAUUUCAUGAUGUUCCUGCAUUGAGAUAUUUGACCAGUUGCAUUAAAUACCAUUUGGCUUCAUGUGGGAGGAAAUGGCAGUACCUGUAAAAAUAAAAAUCCACGCGUACAAGUGGGUGACACCCAAAGCUCUCCAGAGAUAGAUUCAUGUCACUGGCUAUGCUGUCAUCGCUUGCUCAUCUUGGGGUGCAUCGGCUUGGGGAGUUCCACAAAUCUACGUAUGAUCCGCCAAUCCUCGCCUCUAAAAAUAGUGGAACACACCACCAAACCCGGUUAUAAACACUGACAACUAUUUAUCUUGGUGGUGCACGUAUAUUUCUGCGUACGAAAGUUUUUUUUGACAAAUGGUUGCGUACCUUUAUGUCUAUGCUGGUGUAGACAUUAACAGGAACAGAUAAUUCCCCAAGUAGUGUGUAACUAGUCAUGUCUGUUAGUGCAAUAACAAUAAUGAUGAUGUUGGUGUAAGUGAUGAUAAUUAUUUAAGUGCUAUUGUUAAAGUGGUGAUGAUUCAGGCAUUGAUAAUCAAGGUGAUGAUGGUUUAUUCAAUGAUAAUGGCGAAGGUGGUUCUAAAGGUGAUGGCUAAGGUGGUUGUUAGUAUGGUGGAGAUGGCUGAAGAGGUGAUCAUAGUUAAGGUAGCGAUGGCUACAGGGAUGGUGAUUGAUACGAAUAAUCAUAUGAAUAUGAUUAUUGAUACGACGGUGUAAAACGUGGUGGUUAUGGUUAACGUGGUGGUUAACGUGCCGGUGAUGGUUAAGAUGGAUCAAUCAAGGUAAAAGUGGUGAGGAUGUUGGUUCUCAUUUACUGCUUUCAGUGCGGUUGUUUAAUGGAAAAUGUCCGUGUCAUUUUGACGUAAACAUCGCAAUUGCUGCAUUCCUUUUAUUUCCCGUUAAUAAAUUACACUUGGAAACAA